CUAAUCACAACGGCGGGUUGCUCGCUUUCGGUUCUUGUGCAGCCUUUGAUGCACCACCACCACCCAACCCCCCACCCGUUCAAGGCUGCUUAAGGUUUGAGGCAAACUCAACUGUCUCGCUAGAGCAUUCAUAGACUCCCGGGAUCCUUUACCGCUGCAUAUUCGGCCUCGGGCACACAUCAAGCUCAUGGCCAGCCGGUGAUAGCUUCAGCCUCGAACCAACAUCAUCACCGGGCGAACUUCCUUCCACCAUGGCUCCGUCGAGUGCCGCCAUUACGGGCCAGCUUCGACAGCUUGUAUACUACCAUCUCGACAACAUAUCCUACGACAACGCCCUCUUCUUCGCAGAACGAUUAGCUGCCCACGAUCCCCGAUCGAACGAAUCCGCCUACCUUCUCGCCUUGAGCCAUAUACGACUGGGUGACUACCGGUCUGCGUUCGAGUUCAGCAAAGCGGCAGGUUACCGUGGUAUACAUCUUGGUUGCGCCUUCAUCUUUGCUCAGGCAUGUCUAGUACUUGAGCGCUAUAAAGAUGGCAUUGCUGCGUUGGAGAAGUCGAGGGGCAUGUGGACGCAGAAAGUUACUUUGGGAAAACAUAGCGCGUCAAGUCGAGCCCCGAAUCCGGAUGCCGCAAGUUUGUCUUGUCUGCUAGGGAGACUGUACCGAGUCUACGACGACAAGAAAAAGGCCAUUGUCUGCUUUGAGGAAUCCUUGAAGACAAACCCAUUCAUGUGGGAUGCCUUCACUGCGCUCUGCGACAUGGGCGUCAACGUCAGAACCCAGAAUAUCUUUAGGAUGAACGACGAUCUCUUGCAUUGUUUCGAGCCCGAAUACCCAAAUGGUGUCCUGGAGCAGAAGGAUAGCAGCGCGACGAACCCUAUGGAGCCGUUAUCGAAGAAGGCCUCCGUACGACCCGCCAUCUACGAAUCUGUAGAUCCAUUCGAGGCCCAACGGACUAUGACCUCAAACGAGGUGCUUAUACCGAACAACCUUUUAUCAGCAGAUGCUGGGGAGAAUGACUUCAUGUCUAAAAUCAAUGCUGCCCGCUCUAGAAUGGCGACGACGACUGUUCACGUGCCAGACGGAAUGGAGACACCUCCCUCAACAACCUUGGAGUCAACUCAUAUUCCUCGAGCCGGCGUUGCCCCAGAUCCGUCGCAUGGAGCUCCACGAAAGACCAGGCAUGUACAAGCCGUUGAUACCAGUUUCAUGGACGUGCCUCCUAAGAUGAGUUACCGUCUGGGAUCGAGGCGAAACCAAAAAGCGUCUGAAAAGGGUCAAGAAGAGCUUUUGGUGGAGUCGAACCCUGCUACGCUGAGAGCAUCGGCUUCCGCCGUAUCCGGAAUUGAGAGAAAAAGAACUGUAUCUGGCCACCCGGUUCAGCCGCGGCAGCAAUCAGAAGAGCCCGGUGCGCCACCCAGGAGAAGUACGAGAAUAAACAUGUUCAGAAGCACCAACACAAAGGCGAACUCGGGAGCCUCGACGGUUGGGUCUGCCCCGACGCGGGAAUUGAAGAAGGCUAGGCCCCCGAUUUCCCGCAUCAUGCGGCCAACGUCUUCUAGUGGCACGAGUGUUGGCCGGGUGGUGAGUGGCAAUCGGAAGCCCGCGGAAGAUCACGGCAUGGACGUCGACCAUGCCGAGGCGCCUCGAGUGAAAGAGCCCCCUCCACAACCACCGAUCCCGAGAGUAGUUGAGCCCGACAACGCCAAGGCAGAAGAGACGUUGAAGAACUUGCUUGAGCUGCUGAAGAAAUUCGGCGCUGGGUAUUUUGCAUUGUCACAGUUUCAAUGUUCCAACGCCUUGGCAGCGUACGGCUCGUUGCCUAGAGCGCAUCAAGACACUCCAUGGGUCUUGUCGCAGGUUGGACGUGCGUACUACGAACAGGCGACGUACGGGGAGGCAGAAAAGCACUAUAGGAGACUACGCAUCUUGGCGCCUACUCGCCUCGAAGACAUGGAAGUCUACUCGACCAUCUUGUGGUUUCUGAAAAGAGAGAUGGACCUGUCGUUCCUCGCACACGAGAUGGUGGAUUUAUCUUGGCAUUCGCCUCAAGCAUGGUGCGCACUUGGCAAUGCUUGGUCCCUUGCUAGGGAUCAUGAGCAAGCUCUACGCUGUUUCAAGCGGGCAACCCAACUUAACCCCAAAUUUGCGUACGCUUUCACGCUGCAAGGUCACGAGCAUGUAUCGAACGAGGAAUAUGAGAAAGCCCUUACAGCAUAUCGCAAGGCGAUAUCGGCAGACCGUCGUCACUAUAACGCCUACUACGGCAUUGGGCGAGUGUAUGAGAAACUAGGCAACUACGAAAAGGCCUUUACGCAUUUCCACUCGGCGUCCCAUAUCAACCCCACCAAUGCCGUCUUGAUCUGCUGCAUAGGCAAUGUCCUCGAGAAGCAGCGACAUCCGGCCCAGGCCUUACAAUAUUUCACCAAAGCCACGGAACUAGCCCCUCAUGCCGCGCAGACACGGUACAAGAAGGCGCGCGCCCUGUUGGCGCUCAACCACCUUGACGAAGCGCAAAAGGAAUUGGAGAUCCUCAAAAAUCUGGCUCCAGACGAAGCCACAGUGCACUUCCUUCUGGGGAAGCUAUACAAGUCGCUGAACGACAAAAGCUCUGCCGUCCGACAUUUCACCAUUGCACUGAACUUGGACCCGAAGGCGAGCCAACAGAUCAAGGAGGCAAUCGAGAGCUUGGAGGACGACGAAAGCUACGAAGACUCCAUGAUGGCAUGAUAUUAGAUCUGUUCCCGUGUACGGACGCCUAGCGGCGUUGUACUCACCUGUUUGAGCGGCAUAAGGUGGCCAUGGGCAUCUCUUGGCCGUGUCUUUGGGGACGUUGCGAUUGAUGUGGAAUCAAGAGUUAUGAUGCGACGAGGCAAAAAGAUUCUAUUGUCGAGCAUGGCAUGGAACGGCGUUCAGGAAAAACAUCGAAGAAGGCUGUGCAUGUUGGUUUCGGAUCGUUGCCUGGCGGUGGCAACGACUUGUUUUGUGUAUCGGUAGGCACGCAAGGAAUAGGACAUUGGGGGGUGGGGUUGCGAUAUUUGUAUCAUAGGAAAGCUGUUGGUCCUUGUCGUUGCGAAGGUGAAGCUCCAGGCCCUUCUAAA